UAACAAUUUUCUACACACUCACGAAUCUACUCUCUUUGAAGAACCAACAAUGCAGAAAGGAAUUUUCGUAUUUAUCAUUGGACUCUGUCUUACAAGGGCCAAUCCUUUGGAGCUAUUGGAUGAUAAUAUUGAAGUUGACGACCACGAAGCACAGGUGCCCGAAGAUCCUCCAACAGGAUGCUCCCAAGAGGCACUUUGUGACCAGCAAGUGAAGCAGGCGGAGGAAAAAUUGAAAGCUUUGACGGACAUUCUGGCAGACGAUAGGACGGUGGGGCAACUUUCACUGACCAGUGUGACUGAAAUCUGCGAGUUGAAAGUUGGAAAAUGCGAGAAGGAAAAACUCUGUUUAAUAAAAGAGCAAGAGUAUAAAGACCAAAUCUGCGAAUUGAAACUUCAAGGUGGUGGCGGAGAUUUUGAAGAACUUCUGAAUGAUUUAUUGGAAAGGUUAAAUCAGACUUCUAUCAAUCAACCAAAACCUGUUCCGGACAGUGAAUAUGGGCGCAAGCUCGUGACCCGUCCGACUGGAAAAUACUUUCUGAGCUCCGAAGGCGAAACUGCAAAUUGGUUUAUGGCGUGGAAGCUCUGCAAAUUAAACGGUUUGAAUUUAGCCACUCCGGACAACAAGCAAAAGAAUGAUGACUUGAAGGCCUUGAUAGCUAACAUAGAGGGAACAAUUUGGUUCUCUGGUACCGACCUUGGAUCCGAGAGUGACUUUUAUUGGGCAACUAGUGGACAGAAAAUUGACUACAACGAUUACGCCAGAUAUAAUAACUCAUCGCAAGAGCCUAAUAAUGCAGGCGGCAACGAGAACUGCCUCCAUUACAAUUCUUUUUUGAGAGAUCAGCGCGGUUGGAAUGACUUUGGCUGCUUGUCAAGAAGCAGAUUCUUAUGUGAGCUGUAGAUUUUUUCGAUCAGCGCUUUUUUUUAAACAAACAAAAAUGGAAUUUACAUCAAUAAAUUUAAAGAUGUAUUUUAUUUUGAA